AUGCCCAUCAAGUCAAAUUUCCCAUUCCUCCCUCUGAGGAGCACGCCCGAGGAAGACGAAGAAGAAGCUCCCUUCAAAGUAUGCGAGGACAGAUUCCUCCCGGCAGCGCAAAGAGUCAAGUCCCAUGGCAUUCUCUCAUUGACUCGUGUCUACAUGAUCCUGCUUCACCUCUUGGUUAUCUUUCUUUGGACUCGGAGCUGGAGCUACGUCGAUGCAGAUGCCAUUAAAAUAUUGCAAAGAUAUAAAAGCUGGUCACCAAUCCAGUCCUCCGUCGAGUAUGAGAUCAACGCAGAACAUGCUACGGACCACAGAAAGUUUAGCAAAUAUUCUGGGCCACCCAGAGAGGAGCUGGAACAUGCAUGGGGAGCUUUGAUCAGGCCUCUUUACUUCAAUGCCAGUUACGAGGAGCUUCGUCGCGGCGGGGAGUCACUCGAGAAUCUAGCCGCGGUCAAAGGAGGUGGAUAUGCCGCUACGAUCGGGGUAUAUCACGAGCUACAUUGUUUGCGACAACUCAGGUUUUAUUUGUUUCGCGACAAGUAUUACCCCAACCUGACGUUAGCACAAGACCUUUAUCUUCAUGGGCAUUUGGAUCACUGCCUCGAAACGCUUCGACUUACUAUCAUGUGUCAUGGAAACACUGGCUUAUACUCGUUCGCGUGGGAUGAUCCUAAUGCACCACAACCGGCCACCAAAUCCAACUCACGAUCAGUCUGCGCUAAGUGGAGUUCUAUUGAGGAGUGGGCCAUCUCAAGAACUCCACAUGAAUGGAUAUUGGAAGGCAAAGAGGGACACAUAGGAAUAGCACAUGUUACUCCUCACGAAAGGGUUGAUUAA